CAGACAUCCUCGUUUGACGAAAUUCUUGAUUUUUUCAGUGUAGUGCGGUCAUGUUUUUAGUUUGUAGUUGAUAAUUAUAAGAUUUUUAAAUGAUUGAGAACCAAAAUCAUCAACAUGGCUCUGAAAAAAGUAAAGGGUAACUUCGAGAGGAUGUUCGAUAAAAACCUUACGGAUUUAGUUCGAGGUAUCAGAAAUAACAAAGAUAAUGAGGCGAAAUACAUAGCACAAUGUAUGGAAGAAAUAAAAGUAGAAUUACGCCAAGAUAACAUAGCAGUGAAAGCAAAUGCGGUCGCGAAAUUAACAUACCUACAAAUGUUAGGCUACGAUAUAUCAUGGUCUAUAUUCAACAUAAUAGAAGUUAUGAGUUCAAAUAAGUUUACCUAUAAGAGGAUCGGCUACCUUGCUGCUAGUCAAUCAUUCCACGCUGACUCGGAACUGCUAAUGCUCACUACGAACAUGAUCCGGAAAGACCUAAAUGCUCAAAAUCAGUAUGAAGCUGGACUGGCGCUGAGUGGCCUCAGCUGUUUUAUUUCUCAUGACUUAGCUAGAGAUUUGGCAAAUGAUAUCAUGACAUUGAUGAGUUCUACAAAACCGUACCUGAGAAUGAAGGCUGUUCUAAUGAUGUAUAAGGUGUUCCUAAGGUAUCCUGAAGCCCUCAGACCUGCAUUCCCUAAGUUGAAGGAAAAAUUAGAAGAUCCUGACCCUGGCGUACAGUCAGCGGCAGUGAACGUUGUAUGCGAACUGGCCAGAAAGAACCCCAAGAACUAUCUCUCACUAGCACCAGUCUUCUUCAAACUCAUGACAACGUCCACUAACAACUGGAUGCUUAUCAAAAUCAUCAAAUUGUUUGGUGCCUUAACCCCAUUAGAGCCUCGACUUGGCAAGAAACUGAUUGAGCCAUUAACUAACUUAAUUCAUAGUACGUCAGCGAUGUCUCUUCUAUAUGAAUGCAUCAACACGGUAAUUGCCGUACUGAUCAGCAUCAGCAGCGGUAUGCCCGGCCACGCCGCGUCAGUUCAGCUGUGCGUGCAGAAACUACGGAUACUUAUCGAAGACAGUGAUCAGAACUUGAAGUACCUGGGCCUUCUUGCGAUGUCGCGUAUUCUGAAGUCACACCCGAAGUCGGUGCAGGCGCAUAAGGACCUCGUGCUGGCGUGUCUUGACGAUAAAGACGAAUCCAUCCGUCUCAGAGCCCUCGGGUUGCUUUACGGAAUGGUAUCGAAGAAAAACCUAAUGGAAAUCGUAAAGAAAUUAAUGGUGCACAUGGAACGCGCAGAGGGCACGUUAUACCGCGACGAGUUGCUCACGCGCAUGAUCGAGAUCUGCUCGCAGAACAACUACCAACACGUAAUCGACUUCGAGUGGUACGUGACUGUGCUCGCCGAGCUUACUGAGAUGGAAACUAGCGCUAAGCAUGGGUGNAUAAUAGCGGGUCAGUUGACGGAAGUGGGCGCGCGUGUAGCGGACGUGCGUUCGUUCGCGGCGCGCGAGUGCGCGUCCAUCUGCGCGCGCGCAUCCGCCGCGCCACCCGGACCGGCCACCAGAGAGGUGCUGUACGCCGCGGCUUAUGUCCUCGCUGAGUACUGCCACGAAGAGCAAGUGAUGCGCGAGUCCAUAUCUCCGCUGACGCUGUGCGCAGGCGUGGGCGGCGGCCACAUGCGCGCGCGCGCCGUCUGUGUUCACGCGGCUCUGAAGCUCGCCGCCAAGUUGCUCAGGAUCUAUGAACAGAAAAAUGACGUUGACGCAGCCAUUGGGGUGAUCCGCGAAACACUGGCCGGCAUGCGCCCGCUCCUCUGCAGCGAAGACAUGGAGGUCCAAGAGCGAGCUCACAACGCCACCGCGUUACUGUCCCUUGUACUACGCAAACUCAGCCCUGAGGAUGUCGCUUUAGCCCCCGAAUUGCGAGGAGAAACCGAAACCACACUCAUACCUCACGAGAACAGCAACGGCGGUCCAGAUGGCGAUGUGGCGCCAGUGAACGGCGAGGAACCAUCACAAAGCUUUAGUGGAGGUCUCAUCGAGGAGCUAGCUGACAUGUUCGAUGGUGAACUCAAGCCCGUGGCUCCAAAGGCGCAGAAGAAAGUGCCUAUGCCUACUGAUCUCGAUUUGGACAAAUGGAUGUCUCGCGACCGCUGGUCGUCGGAUAGUUCGAGUUCAGAGGAGGAAGGUGAAGGCGCAGUAUUCGCCACGCCGCAGCCUGAAGUAAGGCCUUUGCAACAACUCACGCAGGAGGAGUUACAAAUGCUGCGCGAGAUCCGACGCGCAGAGCAGGCCAACAACCCUCAUUACCUGAAGGACGACUCUCCGAGGUCGUACCAGCAGGACGAAGUGCCCGUUGCCGAGAUCGCGCUUGAAGUCCCACUGCAAAUACAUACUAAGAGAUCUGAUAAGUACUUAACGUCAAGAGAGAGUUCCAAGAAACCGAAGAAGGAGAAGCGGCCGACUAAGAAGCGAAAGAGCAAAAAGGAACGGCAUUCCACUGAGACGGAGAGCGAAGACUCAGCGGCGGAGUCGGUGAGGCCAGCAGUGGCGGCGGGCGGCGAGCUGCCCGAAGGCGCGGCGGCCAGCGACGACGAAGCUCAACCGCCGCCCGACGACCCGCACCGCGCGUUAGAUCUCGAUCUCGACGUACCGUUACGAGAAGAAGAGUUGCUAACAUCUAGAAUACAUCAAUACCCAACGCCAGAAAGUGGUUUAUUGCCUUUAUUGAACAAGAAGCCGAAACAGUCCAAGACGAAAUCAGAGAAGAGCACUGACAAAAAGAAAAAGAAAGAAAAGAAGUCCAAACACAAUAAAGAGGUAGACUUAAUGUUAACGGAUACUAAUAAAAAUGAAAUAGGGGAGAAUAUGGUCACGGCAAACGAUAAAGUAGAAAAAAAUAAAUCCAAGAUCGUGAACGCAGAGGGAGAUUUCAACAGCUCUAAGACAGAAAAGCAUAAGAAGGCAAAGAAAGAGCCAAAGGACAAAGAGUCAUCGAAGAAAAAGAAGUCUAAGAAAGACAAGCACGAAACAAAAGUGGGUUACGAGGAAGCUCUAGGAAUAUCCACACCUAGUAAAGAAGUUAUAUAGUGUAUAUUAUACUUAUAAUUUUAAUAUUGCUUAAACUUAUAUGUCCUCCUUUAUUGUCACCUUUUCUACCCUCUCAGUGCAAUUGUUAAUUUUGAACAAUUUAGUGUCCAAUAUUUUUAUUAUUACUUUCGCAUUAAUUACUUAUAAUAAUUAUUGGCAUUGUUGUCAUUCAUAACUCCAAGUGAAACAUGUCCAACAAAUAAAUGAUAUGAUAUUUCAUAAGUCAAUAUAGUUACAAAAGCAAAAAAAUAUCUAUAUAAUCA